GUCGCUCGCGGCCGAGUCGCGGAGGCGCUGCUGCUGCGGUCGCCGCAUCUCUGAGCAGCAUGGCUGACAGCAGGCCCAAGCCCGCCAAGUCCGCCAACAAGACACCCCCCAAGUCCCCGGGGGACCCCACCAAGGACAAGGCUGCCAAGAGGCUGUCGCUUGAGUCGGAGGGGUCCGGCGAAGGGGCGGCCGCCACGGGCGCAGAGCUCAGCGCCCUGGAGGAGGCCUUCCGGAGGUUCGCAGUGCAUGGGGACACCCGGGCCUCGGGCAGGGAGAUGCACGGCAAGAAUUGGUCCAAGCUGUGCCGGGACUGCCAGGUGAUCGACGGCCGGAGCGUGACCGUCACUGACGUGGACAUCGUCUUCAGCAAAAUCAAGGGCAAGUCCUGCAGGACCAUCACAUUCGAGCAGUUCAAGGAGGCGCUGGAGGAGCUCGCCAAGAAGAGAUUCAAAGACAAGAGCGCGGAGGAGGCCGUCAGGGAGGUGCACAAACUCAUCGAGGGCAAGGCCCCCAUCAUCUCGGGGGUGACGAAAGCCAUCUCCUCACCCACCGUGUCACGGCUCACGGACACCACCAAGUUCACGGGCUCCCACAAGGAGCGCUUCGACCCAUCAGGCAGGGGCAAGGGCCGGGCGGGCCGCGUGGACCUGGUGGAUGAGUCGGGCUACGUGCCGGGCUACAAGCACGCGGGCACCUACGACCAGAAGGUGCAGGGGGGCAAGUAGCUGGCGGGGCCUCCCCUCGCCUGGCCCCCUCACCACCCCCACUUCGUUACAUUCCUGUGCUCACCGGCAGAACUCGGACCUGGGGCUGGGUGGCCGCAGGGCCACCAGCCUCCCUCCCGCCCAGCCCUCGCGCCCCCUGGACCCCAGCUUUGGCCCCUGAACUCACCUUUCCUAACACACCUGCCUCAUCCCUGCCAGGAAGUAGACAGACGGCCCUUUCCAAAGUGUCUCCCAGAACCAGACCACACUGGCCACUGGCUUGCAGCAAAGUGAGUGUCCAAAGGAGUUGGGACAGGCCCUGUCGGGUUUGUGCUGACGAGGGCACCAGGGCGCCGACCUGCAGCCCCGAUGACACGGAGGAGCCCAGCCAGGGCCCCGCAGAGCCCGGAGAGCAGCGUGCCGGCAGGGGAGGCGGGCACACGUGCACACACGCACGCACACACACCGCACACGUGAACACACGCACGCACGCACACCGCA